GCUCGCGGGCAGGCUGAGGCUGGCCGCAUUUGUUGUCCGUGGAACCCCGCCUCUAUCUCCAGACACCUCCCGCGUGAUUUGCAAGACACUCCCGUCACCAACUCCGAGGUUAUUUUGACCGUCAUUGACGCCGGCUUCCAAUAUGCCUGAGAGUCCAGGGCUCUUCAUUAAGCUUCCGGUCUUGGGCCAUAUGUCCUGCAACAACGCCCACGGGGACAGCCUGUUGCAUUGGGCCAUCCGGGAAAGAUGUAUCUCUCUGGCUCGUCCACUGAUCCCGAGCGAUAUCCCCGCGAAUCUACCCAACGAUGAAGGCCAGACUCCCCUCCACCUCGCUGUGGCUGCAGGCGACCUCGAAGCGUGCAAGCUGCUCGUCGACAGCACGGCCGACUUGAGUCUCCUCCACUUACAGGACAAAGAAGGCAACUCCCCCGUCGACUUGGCCAUGAUCCUGCUAUUGAAUGGCUCUUCUACAGACGACAGUAUCCUCGACUACAUUGUCCAACAGAGCGCCCGGGCAUCGCAACGCUACGAGGACCAGUGGUUUUGGGCAUUUUGUCGUGCCAUCUGCAGUGGUAACAGCGUCCUGCUCGACGUCUUCCUCCGACAUGGGAAAGGUCUCCUGGAUAAACAUCCUACAAGGGGCAGCACCACACUACACGCUGUGGCCCAUAUGAUUGCCGUUGCCGCAAGGGACAUGACUCCUAUCAAACUUCUUCUAAAGGCCGGUGUCGAUAUCAAUGCCGUGGACAAUAAUGGAGCCACUGCCUUACACACUGCGGUACAGGGGCGCAACGCCAAUGUGGUCAAGUACCUGGUCGAGCACGGUGCCAAGGUGGAAACGAGAUUUGGCGCCAAACCCCUGGCUGGCUCUAUCUUCAACGAAGUAGGGGUCGAAAACGCCCUGGCCUCGGUUGAGGCCGGUGCCAGCACGUUCCACAAGAUGAACGAGGGUCAACCGCUGCUGCAUCUCGCCGCUCAAGUGGAUCAGCGGGGAAUCCUCGAGCUCCUCCUGUUAGCAGGAGUCCAAGUCAACACGCUUGAUGAGGAUGGGGAAACAGCGGGCUACUGGGCUUGUACCAACGGCCAUCUCGACAGCCUCGAUUUCCUGAUGAGCCAAGGCCUCGACCCCAAGGCUGGGAAAACGGACCUGCUGAAAGAAGCUAUACAAAAGGGGCAUCUCCCCAUUGUCGAGUUUUUGUGGGGCCGCGGUAUGCCCAUUACGGUGCAAUAUUUGCGCCAUCCCCUCGAAGACCGUUGCCGGAGCAUGCUCGACUUCCUCUUGCGACAUCUGGCACCUCUCCCCCAAAGCCUUGACGGUGGUGCAGAUGCCGAUUUUAGUAGCGACGCCCACGCCCACAACCCUGAGCGCUUCUCAACAAUCGAUUCCCAAAUCCUCGCCGCUGCCUACUUGGAGCUCGGUCUUAAGAUUGGCCCGAUCGACGCCAGGUCAUGCGCAAUCCUCCUCAACGCCUGCGCACAAUACGGGUUUCUAUCCGGGGCUCGGGUUCUCCUCGAUGCAGCCCCAUCUCGGGGCGAGGUCCGAAAGUACUACUCUGUAUCCUCCCGCUGUAGCGCGCUGGAAAUUGCCGCCUGUGAGAACGACAUUGCGCUCGUUGGGCUCUUGUUGGAGCAUGGCUGGGACCCGAGCCAUGAAGACAUAUACAGCCGGACAAGUCUACAUCUUGCAGCGCUUUGCGGAGCUGCAGAUGUUGUAAAGGAGCUGCGGGGCGAGUGCAACAUCCAUCAGAGAGAUAUGGGUUGGGAUACGCCACUUCACCUGGCAGCCUACUCUGGUUCGGUUCCAGUCCUCGAGCUUCUCGUCGAUGCCGGAGGGGAUGUGGACAAGCUGAACAAGGAUGGGGAAACUCCUCUGGGGAUUGCCUGUGAGCAGGGCCAUGCUGUUGCGGUUCGAUGGCUCCUGGAGCACGGUAGCAGCCUAAGCCAGAUGGGGAAUGCCUCACACCUAACGCUGAGCCCGCUACAUCACGCCGCUCGCGGCAACCAUGUCGGUUGCAUGGAGCAUCUGAUCGCCGCAGGGUUCGAUGCGAACGUAAAGCGCGCUGGUAACAACACUCCCCUUCACGCUGCUGCCACAAGUGGCGCAUGGAAGGCCGUCUCACGACUCCUCAAGGCCGACGCGGAUCCAAACUGCCUCAAUGACCAAGGCAAGACGCCCUCUACAUUGGCUUUUUCGCACGCGGAUAUUCCACCCGACGUCAUCACCGAGCUCCUCCAAAAGACCAUGGUAGACUGGGAUCUCCCCUUAUCCCAGAACAUCCUCUUCAGCGCCUGCGUCGGGGGGAACAAAGCCGCCAUUGGUGCCGUCCUGGGCCUUCUUAAUCAGGACCGCCCCAAAGAGGCGAAGAAGACAGUCCGCCGCCUUCUCCCCGAGCUUCUGGGAGAGCUCUGCUCCUCCGGGCCCGCAGCCAACAGCACGGCAUUCCCCUUCUUUCUUCCUUAUCUACAUUCCAGAUCCAAGGCGGCCCUAUCCAUGACCAUGCUUUCUGCGACCAUCGUCGCCGGCGACGACGCCGAGCUUGUACAGUCGCUGGUGCGUAUCAAUCCCAGAUACGUGGCCCUCGGCACGGCACAGCCGUGGACCAUGCUGCAUCUUGCUUGUCGGUAUGGGCGCAUCAAGAUUGCGAGAGUGUUGCUGGCGAAUGCAUCGCCGGCGUGGGCAAAGGGCGUAGAUGGAGACCUGCCCUUGAUGGUGGCAAAGAAAUAUCUGGAGGGUGAUAUAUUGGAGAGGUUUGUUAGCCUAUUUUUGGUGUAUGAGACUACUUUUGAAGCGUUGCUUCAGGACACGGAGUAUCAAGGUUUGAUUUUGGCGGCGCAAUCAAGGAUAUGUCGGGACAGUGAUAAUAAGGACGGGUAUAAAGAGAAUGACAACGACCAAAAGAAGGAGAAGGAUGAAGAGAAGGAAAAGGGGAAACAGAAGGAGAAGGAGGAAGAAAAGGAAAAGGACGAAGAGAAAGACGAAAACGGGGAGGAACAUUCGGGACGUUCUGCCAAUAACAGCAGGACCAAGGAAGAAACUCACUAGUAAUAAGCAUGGAAAUGAGAUUUUGGGAUGCCGAACAGUGUCCUGCUUGCG